GGCUACAACAACAGUAAAGGUGUGGUAUUGGAGGCUUCAUUCACUCCAGACUCUCAGUUUGUGAUGAUUGGUUCUGAGGAYGGAAAGAUCCACGUGUGGAACGCAGAGAGUGGCAUGAAGGUGGCGUUGUUAGACGGGAAACACACGGGCCCAAUCACCUGCCUACAGUUCAACCCCAAAUUCAUGACGUUUGCCAGCGCCUGCUCCAACAUGCUGGUGCUGGGGGCCUACACUGAGCCAGAACACAACUGGGACCAGGACUAUGAUCACUUCCUGCUUCCUCUACUGGACGACCAGGAGCCCUGCUACGUCCUGUACCGUCUGGACUCCCAGAAUGCACUGGGUUACGAGUGGGUUUUCAUCUCGUGGUCUCCUGACCAGUCUCCAGUGAAACAAAAGAUGUUGUACGCUGCCACGCGUGCCACGGUGAAGAAGGAAUUUGGUGGCGGCCACGUGAAGUACGAGAUGUUCGGCACCACAGAGGAGGACAUCUGCUUGCAGGGCUUCCAGCAUCAUGUGUCGUCCUGCUCAGGCCCGGCCCCGCUCACGUUAGCCGAGCAGGAGCUGCAGCGGAUCAAAAUCACAGAGGGCCGAGUGAAACAGGUGAAGACAGAGAUCAGCGUGGAGAACAAGCACCAGACACUGCAGGGCCUCGCUUUCCCGCUGCAGGAAGCAGCCAAAAGAACUCUGCAGCUAAUGGCCCAAAAACGCGUCAAUUACAUUCAACUGCGGCUGGAUGUAGAAAAGGAAACCAUCGAGCUGGUCCACUCAAACCCAACAGAAACUCGAGAUCUGCCCCGAAGGGUUCCCAAAGACACUCCCAGAUACCACUUCUUCCUUUACAAGCACUCCCAUGAAGGGGACUACCUGGAAUCUGUUGUGUUUAUCUACUCCAUGCCAGGAUACAGCUGCAGCAUCAAGGAGAGGAUGCUGUACUCCAGCUGCAAGAGCCGACUACUGGAGGACGUGGAGAAAGAUUAUCAUUUGGAAGUAGCUAAAAAGCUGGAGAUCGAAAACGGCGACGAACUGACAGAGGAGUUUCUGUAUGAAGAGGUCCAUCCCAAGCAAUACGCCCACAAGCAGGCCUUCGCCAAACCCCGCGGUCCUGCAGGCAAAAGAGGACACAAGCGUCUCAUUAAAGGAGCGGGAGAGGCCGUUCAGGACAGCUAGGAGCCGACGGAUUCAWCUCCAGCCAUGUCUGCACCUUCCUGGCCUUUCCUUUCCCGACCGACGCCGACCCUCUGCUGUGUGCGCACCGAAGCACUCGUGGUGCCAGUUUUAUUUUUGGAUUGAUUUGUGCUGAUAAAUAAUCUUUAAUCAGGCUCUCUGGUCAGUCUGGGUUACUGUGUUACAGAUAUUUUGAAGGAACUAAAAAUAGAGACGUUUAGAAGAGAUUAUUUUGUUAAUCGGUGUUUUUCAGAAUUUACAACCUGCAGUUUGCAAAAGAAUGAAACCAGUACUGGCUCGUGAUCAGUUCAGCUCUAUUGUUAACUUUUAUAUCUUCAGUUUUGUAAUGAGUUAUCCACAGAAAAAUAAAAUGUCAAAACAGCUUUCUUUAAAUCUGGUCUUGGAUUAGUGGUUAUAGUUGUCAAUUUGGUCAAAAUAAACUUGUAAUUUAUUUAUUUAUUUUUUUCAAUGAGGUUGUUCAAAGAGAUAUCUACAGCAGGUAAGAUAUUCAUUGUUCAUCGCCUGACUACAGUGCAUUUUGAGCUUUCCUUUUAAGGCAGAAAUCUUGAAUCUGUUGAGUUAGUUUUUUAAGCAGUUUGAUCAAACAGAAGCUGUAAACUUUUCUUACAUUCACACUCUCUUCUGUCAUCCACUUGCCUUCCCAUUAAACAAACAUUUCAACCUGUAA